AUGAGGGAGCCAGACCUAUCAGACUUGCACAAAUUUGGAUGCAACGUCUUUGUAAAAAACAAUUCAGCUGGUAAACUCGAUGUCAGAGCCAAGAAAGCCAAAUACACGACUACCAUACCCGAACAUAAUGCCGACAAAAUCCCACUGACUGCCACCAAACCUACCCUACCCUCAAAUAUGCACAAUACUUCUCCUAAAAAACAGUCUAUCAGCAAGAUAGAGGGGGUAAUGGAGAGAGAAGAGUUAACUGACAAAGAGGCGGACAACCAAAAGGAAAAGAACAAUAUGAGGGAAAGGUCCACACAUACUGCUGCACUUAAACCGCAAGGCUUUUAUAAAUUAUUGAACAAUGGGAAACUUACUGCCAAAUCAGCACACAUAUCAGAAGAAUCUGAUGUGCCUAUCGAACACAAUGAUUACUUAAUGGCCUAUGCAACCGGAGCUGCCAACUGUGAUAGUCCUCAUAUCUGA